GCUAGAGCGGCCGGAAGUGUGAGAGCGAGGGGCCGCGCUGGGCGCGCUGGUGGUGGGCCGUCUCGAAUCCCCGUGGUAUUUUUUUUUUCCUUCGGGCGGGGAAGUGAGUAGUAGGCCCCUGAUGGACCCUGAGAAAGGCGAAGAGGGGGUACCACAGCCUGCAGGGCCCCCCACGAGGAAGAAAUUCAUCAUCCCGCUGGACGAAGAUGAGGUCCCUCCUGCGGGGGCCAAGCCCCUAUUCAGAUCCACACGGAACCCACCGACCAUGGCAACCUCUGCCCAGGCAGCCCCUCAGACCUAUGCUGAGUAUGCCGUCUCCCUGCCUUCAGGAGAGGCCGGGACCACUCGUCCUGCCAGCUCAGAACCCCUGGCAGGAGAGACCCUCAGCCAGGCCUUGAAACCAGGUGCAAAAUCCAACAGUAUCAUUGUGAGCCCCCGGCAGAGGGGCAACCCAGUGCUGAAGUUCGUGCGCAAUGUACCCUGGGAAUUUGGCGAUGUGAUCCCUGACUACGUGCUGGGCCAAAGCACCUGUGCCCUCUUCCUCAGCCUCCGCUACCACAACCUCCACCCCGAUUACAUCCACCAGCGGCUGCAGAGCCUGGGGAAGAACUUUGCGCUGCGCGUCCUGUUGGUGCAGGUGGACGUGAAAGAUCCUCAGCAGGCCCUCAAGGAGCUGGCUAAGAUGUGCAUCCUGGCUGACUGCACACUGGUCCUCGCCUGGAGCCCCGAGGAAGCCGGGCGGUACCUGGAGACCUACAAGGCCUAUGAGCAAAAGCCGGCUGACCUCCUGAUGGAGAAGCUGGAGCAGGACUUCCUGUCCAGGGCCACUGAGUGUCUGACCACGGUGAAGUCAGUCAACAAAACGGACAGCCAGACCCUCCUGGCUACUUUUGGAUCUCUGGAACAGCUCAUGGGUGCAUCUCGGGAAGACCUGGCCUUGUGUCCCGGCCUGGGCCCCCAGAAGGCCCGCAGGCUCUUUGAUGUCCUACAUGAGCCCUUCCUGAAAGUGCCCCGGUGACCUUGGCUGUUGAAGAGACCCUGGUGUCAUAAUAAAGCAUUUUCCAGGUGC